UAAGGUGUCUGCUAUCAGCUCUUUCAGCCCCCCAGGUCUGAGGCAGAUUUGUGGUUGUUAAUCUACCUUAGCAAAAGCAUUAUCAGUACUGCUGCUCAAUGUCCAUCGGCCUUGUCUGUAAGGUCAGGUCUAAAGAGGCAGUUGAGGGAAGGAAGGCCGUGGGUGGCAGGGAGCAUACUGUCACAUCACACUGAAUCAAGUGUUUCACUGUGAGGCACAGAGGUGUGGAACAACCAGAAGCAAUCAGAUACUGAACAAGACACAGUCACAUAAACUAGAAAUUUCUGAAACCACUGUGGCUAGAAAAUUAAGCCUUAGCUACACAAAGGCUACAGAAAUAGCACCAGGCUGGCAACAAACAACCCUUAUACUGAGGAUACCCACUAGAGAUCGUGUGUUAACUGUAGCUAAGCCUGUUUCUCUGUUCUACAGAAAUGUCUUGGUAAUGCAGUUUCCUUUAUUUGCUUGUAGCCACACUGAAAAAGUAACAAAUAUUGUGGGAAUAGAAAAUACACGGAUGUAAGUAGAGUUCUGAAUUUACACCAGCAUAAAUGACAGCAAGCUUAGACUCAAAUUUGCAUCUGAAUUCCUGCAAGGGGUGGUUGGGAAGUGACUGAAGAGUUUCUCAGUCCUCCUGAGCAAUACAUCCGUCAUGGUUUGUGCCCCUGAGCAGGGCCAGAAGCAUCUGAUGCUUCUCUGGGGGCACUCUGUGCUCGGGCUCCACAAGAAGGUGGGUAAGUCAGGCCUGCCAGCUGCUCAGGCUUCCUAAAUAUUGUCAGCCUUGGAUUUUGUCAAAGCUGCCUGUUUGUUCCUGUGGUAACACCCCCCUGUCAUGGAAGAGUGGCUGCUGGGGAUUUUGCACCCUGUUUUUUAUGAAAAUGUCUGAAGUUUCUGCCAUCAGCAGCCCUCAGGCUUUGAGAGCUGUGUGCCAAGGAAGCUCUGUGCAGCAGGCUGUGCUUGCAGAGCUGCAGGCCGGUUCCGUUCCCAAAAUGUCCUUGGGCACUGUUGGCUCAUGGGUUGCCAUGCCAACAGAACACAAAGAGCAGUGGUGGAGCUCCUUCAGGCACUGCCAGCCACCACCUAACUACUCUCCCCCAGUCCUCCCCCAGCCUGGGAACGACAUUUCCAAGGUAACAGCUUCUCUUUCCAGAGGUCAAGACAAUGGACAAGGAAAAUGAAAAUGCUGCCACUGAGAAGGUAGCCCACAUGAUUGUGAAAAAGGCAAUACAUACUGCACAAGAAUAUUAUCUAAACAACGUGCAGAAAAAAGAAGAAGCUGAAUACACCGUCAGAAAUAUUCAGUGGACAACAUGUGAAGACUUCUCAGUGGAGAGGGGACAGCAGCAAAUCGAAGAAUACAUUUCCCAGACAUGGGAGCUUCACAAGAGCUGGCUUCACUGCUCAGAGUUUCUCUGGGAAGAAGAUCUUCGGUACAGCAAAAAGUACCACUACAGAGUUGUCUGGAGCAUCCCAACACGCAGAAAACCCAUCCCACUAGCAACAGCAAGCACCUAUUUUGUGAUAGAGAUCUCAAAAAUCAAACCUGUCACCCUGCCUGUGGAGGUAUUCUUCUUUCUGGAGUCCAGCAGGCUGAUUCACAGACCAGAGCACUGUCGAUUUAGAGAAAAGUGGUUGAAGGACAUCAUUGAAAAUAAAAUCAUACUCAGGGAAAGGCUUAAAUCACCAUAAACAACUCCAACUCACCACCACUCUGUUGGUAUUUUGAGGAGAAUCAACGCGAUGAAGGAAAAAUGGUUAUUUCUUCUUAACUUGUGGAUUAACUUGUAGGUGUGGAAGCAGAAUUAAAUCAGUGUUAAACUAUGG